AUGGUUCUGCUCAAACUGCUUAUAGUCACUUUAACUUUUUAUCAGCUCAUUGUUGUUUUGGAUGCUCUGAAAUGCCCAAAAGGUCAAAGACGAACACGUGGUGGAGCUGCACAACCUUGUGAAGACUGCCCCACUGGAUAUUAUAAUCCUGAAGAUAAUGAUUCCCACAUCUGCGAACCAUGUAGAAAGUGUGAUAGCAAUUAUGGAAGUGCCCUUAAAGAGGCGUGCACGAAAGAGACAAACACAAAAUGUCAGUGCCGUGGAGAAUUCGUUCCCGCGGAGAGUGAUUCUUCCACUUGCAAAUGUGAAAUUGGAUUUGGACUAAAAUCCGGAGAAUGUUCAAAAUGUGAACAUGGAUAUUUCAGCACACGCAUCAACUCGCUCUGUCAAAAAUGGAAAGAAUGUAAAUCAGGAGAGAAAAUUGCAGGAAGCAACACCGCAGAUGUCAUCUGUAAUCCAGAUUUGGAGAGUAACCCUUCCAUCAAUACAACCUCCACAUCAAACAAAAUUGGUUCUCUAAUUACACGUUUAACAACCCAGCUUCCAACUCCGAGGAUAAUUACCACCACCACUACCCCGACUACCACCCCCACCUCCAUCACCACAGCUGCUCGGGGACAGAGAGUCCCCUCAACGAGCAAAGGGCAGCCUCCCCACACGCCAGACACAGCCGCCUACAUUGGUCCAGGUAUGACCCUCCUCAUAUUGGGAAUUAUUGGACUGCUCGUACUGACCGCUGUGACCUGCAAGCUGAACAUUACCUCUCAACCAGCUGUACCACAAAAGGACUCAUUGUGUCGGAGGCCGGUUGAGGAAAGUGGCGAUGGCAGCCUGUCCUCUCUCAAACUGAAUCCUGUGGAGUGA